AUGGUUCCUAAUGUACAACUUAUGCCAGAUGAUGGAGAUCCCUUCUACAACCCUGAAAGGUAUCGGAGAGUGGUUGGGAAGCUGAAUUAUCUCACUGUGACGCGACCAGAUAUUGCAUAUGCAGUAAGUGUUGUUAGUCAGUUCACAUCUACACCUACAAUAAAGCAUUGGGCGGCUUUAGAGCAGAUUUUGUGCUAUCUAAAGAAGGCUUCUGGUCUAGGCAUACUAUAUAGUAGUCAGGGACACACUCGCAUUGAGUGUUUUUUUGAUGCGGAUUGGGCAGGUUCUAAGUUUGAUAGAAGAUCCACUACAGGUUAUUGUGUGUUCUUUGGUGGGAAUCUAGUGGCUUGGAAAAGUAAGAAGCAGAGUGUUGUAUCCCGUUCGAGUGCAGAAUCUGAGUAUAGGGCCAUGACACAGGCUACUUGUGAAAUCAUAUGGAUACAUCAAUUCUUAUGUGAAGUGGGAAUGAAGUGCACAAUGCCAGCAAAGCUUUGGUGUGACAAUCAAGCUGCUCUUCAUAUUGUUGCGAACCCAGUCUAUCAUGAAAGAACCAAACACAUUGAGGUCGAUUGUCACUUCAUUCGUGAAAAGAUUGAGGAAAAUCUAGUCUCUACUGGCUAUGUGAAGACUGGAGAGCAACUUGGGGAUAUUUUUACAAAAGCUCUAAAUGGAACUCGAGUUGAGUACUUUUGUAACAAGCUGGGCAUGAUCAACAUCUAUGCUCCAGCUUGA